AUGAACCCUGAGAGUGAAGAGCUUUACCCUAUCGCUAUCCUCAUAGAUGAGCUCAGACACGACGACGUCUCCCUCCGCCUCAAUGCCAUCAAGAGACUCAACACCAUCGCCCUCGCCCUCGGACAUCAGCGCACUCGCGAGGAGCUGAUCCCCUUCCUCGACGAAUCUAUCGAUGAUGAAGAUGAAGUUUUGCUCACCUUAGCCGGAGAGCUUGGCGAAUUCACAGAGUACAUUGGUGGUCCCCAGUUUGCCCACAUUCUGUUGCAGCCCCUGGAGAACCUGGCUGCUGUGGAGGAGACCAUGGUUCGCGACAAGGCGGUCGAGUCCCUGAACAAGAUCUGCCCCCAAUUGAGCCAGGCUCAGUUGGAACAGUACUAUAUCCCCUUGCUCAAGCGCUUGACACUUGGAGACUGGUUCACCAGCCGCACCUCUGCCACCGGUCUCUAUGCCUGCGGUUACCCCUUGGCCUCGCCAGCAUCUCAGGAGGACAUGCGCAAGUCAUUCGGACAGCUCUGUGCAGAUGAUACCCCUAUGGUUCGCCGCGCUGCUGCCACCCACCUCGGCGCCUUCGCCAAGAAGGUUGGCAAGGAGCACCUUAUCUCGGACAUCAUCCCAUUGUUCAACAAGCUUGCGCAAGACGAGCAGGACUCUGUCCGUUUGCUGACAGUUACCGACCUCGUCGCCAUUGCAGAGGAGCUUUCGCCAGAAGAGAGCAAGGCUUACUUCUUGCAGACCCUCAAGAGCAUGGUUGCCGACAAGUCGUGGAGGGUUCGCUAUAUGAUUGCCGAUAACUUUGUCAAGGCAAGUCCAUGGGAUUCAUACGGUCUGGAGAUUGCGGCGUUUUUGAUCAUUAACGAGCAGUUGAGCAAGGCUGUUGGCGAAGAGUUCACGCGCGAGGAUCUCGUUGUCGCGUUUGUCAGACUUUUGAAGGAUAACGAGGCUGAGGUUCGCACUGCCGCAUCUGGACAGGUCCCUGGUUUCUCCGAGUUGAUCGACAAGGACACUAUUCUGAACUACAUUUUGCCUUGCGUGAGAGACUUGGUCACAGACACUUCUCAGCACGUCCGAGCCGCCCUUGCCAUGCAGAUCAGUGGAUUGGCACCUAUUCUCGGGAAGGAGGCAACAACCGAACACCUUUUGCCCCUCUUUUUGCAGUUGCUCAAGGACGAGUUCCCCGAUGUGCGCUUGAACAUUAUUUCAAAGCUCGAGACUGUAAACAAGGUCAUUGGCAUCGAGCUUCUCUCGCAGUCGUUGUUGCCAGCCAUUGUUGAGUUGGCCGAGGACAAGCAGUGGCGCGUGCGCUUGGCUAUUAUUGAUUAUAUCCCCUUGUUGGCGACUCAGCUUGGUGUCGAGUUUUUCGACGAGAAGCUCGGAGCUCUUUGCAUGUCAUGGUUGGGCGACAGUGUCUUUUCGAUCCGUGAGGCCGCCACAGUCAACCUUCGCAAGUUGACCGAGGUCUUUGGCGUCGACUGGGCCAAGCAGACCAUCAUCCCCAAGGUUCUUGCCAUGGGAACCCACCCCAACUACCUGUACAGAAUGACCACCAUCUUUGCCAUCACGGCUAUGGCACCGGCGGUGACCCCAGAAGUGAUUCGCGACUACAUUUUGCCAACGGUCACCAACCUGGUCUCGGACCCUAUCCCCAAUAUUCGCUUCAACGUCGCAAAGUCGAUAGAGGCGUUGAUCCCUGUUUUGAUGCAGAACCCCGACACGGCACCCCUGGUUGACCAGCAGCUCAAGCCAGCACUGAUCAAGCUCAGCGAGGACUCUGACAACGACGUCCGCUUCUUCUCCCAGAAGGCACUCUUGCCCGUGCAGUAG